AUUUUUUAUGUAUUUUUAGCUGAAUAAACCUUCUUUGAUUGAAGAGAUUCUGAACCGAGGCAUUUCCUCCUGAUCAAGAAAUGGAUAACUGGAAGAUCCAGCUUGUCGUUGUGACUUUUUGUGCUUUGGUGCAAACCUAUCAGGCUCUAUCUUCUAGUGUGGAAGAGGAGAGAGGGUUAUUUAAAGACUGGCAGGGUGAGUCACUGGAGGCAGAUCUGAUCCAUCCGGUGGCCAGUCUGAUGAAAAGGUCUAAAGCCCUCCGCUUCUAUGGACUCAUGGGGAAACGUUCAGGUAUAAAGAAACCUUUUAAAGUAAAUAGACGAAACAAAGGAGAGAUGUUUGUGGGUCUGAUGGGCAGAAGCAUAUCUAGCGGUGGUUCGUCAGAGGAAUGGGUCCAUAUCCUCUAUUGA